UAUGAGCAUAUUAGCCAUUCCUAGUGCUUUACGCUACAAAAAAGAGAUACAAACUGAUAAAAAAUUGAAUCAAACACGAUAUAAAAUUGCUUUAACAAGCCUCGGUGAAAAUGGAGAUUUCAUGACUGUAUAUAUGUGGAUACAAAAUGCUCUGAGAUCUCUUAUACCAUUGACUGUACUAAUUGUUUUAAAUGCAUUAAUAAUAAGUGCACUAAGAAAGCAAAGAGUGAAAGGCAAAAAACAAGUAUCACGGAAUAGAGUAACUGUAAUGCUGAUUACUGUUAUUAUUGUUUUUCUCAUAUGUAUUACGCCGGACGCUCUGAUGUCAACAAUUUUUGAAAUUGGUUACGCAGAAGAAGAUAAUUUAGGAAAAGGAAUAAGAGAGUAUACUGAUUUGCUAUUAGCAGUAAAUAGUGCUGUAAACUUUAUUAUAUAUUGCGCUUGCUCAAAAUUAUUUCGGCAAACUUUUGUCAAAUUAUUUUUCCUACCGUGUGGUAGGAGAACAAUAGACGGCGUUAGGUGUUUGUGUUAUCCUUACCUAACAUGUAGUAUAGGAGAUUCUUUAAACACAAGAAAUGCUAAAAAGCACAUGGUAUCCUGUCAACAAACAGAAGACAAGGAAGAUGGUGUUGUUGUGUAA